UAUUUUGCACCGAAAAAAUAAGUUUGACGUAAGAGCAAGAGCCUACAAAAUUUUCGAGUGCACUCACAAGGAAACAAAACACACAAUUUAUCUUCAUGUAACAUGUUUUCACUGAAUUCUAUAAACACCCAAAACCAGAUUUUAGUUAGUUUUAGUCAGCUAACGUGUAGAUAUUCGAGCUUGUUCAAGCUCAGGAAGCACGGUAUUUGUAAAAAAAAGGAUGUGAAGGCGAAAGAGUCAUCAACAGCGUUGUGCAAUGCAACUUUGUACCCUGAAUCGUUGGAGGAGGCACUUAGGAAUUUCGACAAAAAUGACUUGUUGGAGCUGCGGCGGAGCGACGUGCGGUCGCUGUCGACCGUCGCUGGGGCUCACAGAGAGCCUCUGCGGAGUCUCACAGACCUGACUUCAGCUAGAAAGGUAUCCUAUAUAUCGGCAGAUUCGUUUGAGAAAAACAAAAAUGGGUGGUCACCAAGUGCACACCCUACAUUGUACGUUAACAUGCGAAGAAAGAAUACUAGGUACCGUCUUUCGGAGAACUUUGUUGGACAACUUGCGAACAGCAUGGCAGCAAAUCAGUUCAGUUGCAGCGUCCAAGUGCGGGGAUUCAAAACAGAGAGAAGUGUGAGCGCUGACAUGAAAAGGAACCCGAACCUCAUGAAUAGACUGCGUAAGUUAUUGGGUUUAGGCACUACGCCGGUGGCUGCGGAGAAACAGGCUUCCCACAUGGGCCCGGAUGUCGCUCCUCGCUUGGAGAAACUACUUACAGAGGACACCGUGCUUAACACCCAACAGAGGGACAAGAUUAAGAUCGCCUUUGCUGAGGGAUAUCUUGCUGGCUGCCAGCCAGAAGCCGGGCGGGGCACGAAAACGAGCAAGUACCUCAAGGUGGUUCAGCAGCUACUGACCAUCGUGCUGUUCCUCGCCAUCUUCGUAUCGCUCAUGGCGUCAGUCUCCGGGACCGUCUUCCGGAUCCAGCUGGGCAACCAGGUGGAGGUGGACCCUGAGGACAUCUCCGUCACCUUCGACGACGUCAAGGGCGCCGACGAAGCCAAGCAGGAGCUAAAGGAUGUCGUGGAAUUCCUUAAAUCGCCGGAGAAGUUCUCGUCACUUGGCGGCAAGUUGCCCAAGGGUGUGUUGCUGGUGGGUCCUCCGGGCACGGGCAAGACGCUGUUGGCGCGCGCGGUGGCGGGCGAGGCGCGCGUGCCCUUCUUCCACGCCGCCGGGCCCGAGUUCGAUGAAAUCCUCGUCGGGCAGGGCGCGAGGCGUGUCCGGGAUCUAUUUAAGGCAGCGAAGGAACGCGCCCCGUGCGUGAUCUUCAUCGACGAGAUAGACUCGGUGGGCGCCAAGCGGACCAAUAGCGUCCUCCACCCGUACGCCAACCAGACCAUCAACCAGCUGCUGUCGGAGAUGGACGGCUUCCACCAGAACGAGGGCGUCAUCGUGCUGGGCGCCACUAACAGGCGGGACGACUUAGACCAGGCGCUGCUGCGUCCGGGUCGGUUUGACGUCGAGGUGAACGUGCCAACACCGGAUUACGGCGGGCGCCGCGAGAUCCUGGAGCUGUACCUCGCCCGCGUGGCCGCCAACACCGACGUGGACUCAGACGUGCUCGCGCGGGGCACCACAGGCUUCACCGGCGCCGACCUUGAGAAUAUGGUCAACCAGGCCGCGCUCAAAGCAGCGAUAGAUGGCGCGAAAACAGUAACAAUGAAAUAUUUGGAGGACGCUCGGGACAAGGUGCUGAUGGGCCCGGAGCGGCGCUCGCGGCUACCGGACGAGGAGGCCAACAUAAUCACCGCGUACCACGAGGGCGGGCACGCCGUCGUCGCUUACUACACUAAGGACUCCCACCCCCUACACAAAGUGACGAUCAUACCGAGGGGGCCGUCGCUAGGACACACCGCCUAUAUACCCGCCAAAGAAAGGUAUCACGUGACGAAGCAGCAACUCCUGGCCAUGAUGGACACGAUGAUGGGCGGGCGCGCCGCCGAGGAGCUCAUCUUCGGACCCGACAAGAUCACCUCAGGCGCGUCGUCGGACCUGAAGCAGGCGACGUCCAUCGCGUGCCACAUGGUCCGCGAGUGGGGCAUGUCGGAGAAGGUGGGGCUGCGCACCAUGGAGCCGCCGCGGGCCGCCGCCGCCGACCAGCUGGGGCCCUACACCAACGAACUGGUGGACAGUGAAAUCAAGAAGAUCCUGUCGGAGAGUUACGAGCGCGCUAAAACCAUCCUGCGCGCGCACGCCAAGGAACACAAGGCGCUCGCCGAGGCUCUACUCAAAUACGAGACCCUUGACGCGGAAGACAUAAAGGCCCUCAUGAAUGGCGAGAAGAUGAAGGUGGAGCGCAACGCCCGCGGCAACAAGGACGCGCCCGCCGCCGCGCCGCAGCCGCCGCCGCUGCUGGGGGGCGGCCAGCCCGUGCCCGCCUAAGAUUUCGUGGACCAUAGUUUUGGAUUCGUCUUCACGGCAGACUGUCAAACAAAUAUAGUCGUUAUAACAAUAGGAAUAAAGUGUCUUUGAAAAUUUUGCAGGCCGACGCUACGAUGUAUUGUCAACUAACUUGAAUAAACAUAAGUAAAACAACAACGUACUUUCUAGAAGUU